UCAUGGCACUGUGCGAACCGCUUCCUGCUUGUUCCGAAUGCCACGAACGCUCGGCCAAUCACACCGCUCGCUUGUUCCAUUCGCAACUGUCGAGUUUUUGGCAACCAACAGGGUAAACCGGUUGUUCCAACUAGGUCCCAUGGCCUCGGGACUUCCUUAAUACCGUUGUGGCGAGGUUUACUUUCGCUGAAUCUACUGAACUGAGCUCAGAUUCAACUUCAUAAACAAUGGAACAUCCAACUUUUAGAAGGGCCCCUAAUGGAACCCUUCUGCUAAAGGCCUCACCGGAGGCACAGGCUCUGGGGCCCCGGCAGGCCGGCUACAGGGCCAGACCUGCACAGGAGGUGGAGGAGGAGGCCCGGGCCCACAUCGUCUCCGAGGGUGGCGACGUCACCAACGCCAUCCUGGUGCUGAGCCGGUGGAGGGUCCAGUUCGGCCGGUACCAGGGCCAGACCUUCCACUGGCUGCUGGAGAACGACGUGGGCUAUGCAGUCAACCUGCUAGCCGGUCUACAGUCAGCCUCCCGCGCCCCCGACCCCUUCUUCGCAUGUCGGCUGUUCCAGUUGUUGCCACACAGGAUCUGGCGUCUGCAGCUGACAUGCCCCCAGCCUUCAUGCACCGGGUCCAUGACCAUCCGGAGGGUCCUGGACAUCGAUGGCUGGUCUCUCAUGGCCACUGAGUACCUAGAGUGCUGUCGAUGUACGAAGAAAGUCGUAGGCUGGUCACAGGGCAUCAUCAGGCAGCUGCCCCACACCUACAGCUGCCAGUUUCCUGCCAUACUCAUGUACAGGUUGUCCUGUGACCUGAGGGUGGUUGCACAGCUGAAGUCCCGCACUCUUGGCAACAGUGCCACUCAGCUGUGCAACACCCUGCGGGAGACCCACACUGACUCCUGGAUGCGGAGAGCGAUCCACUACCUCGGCGUGUGCGAGCAGUUCCUGGCCUUGGGCUCCGUGAGGUGGCAGUUUCCACCAACGCCCCAGAUGCCCCCUCUGCCGUCACUGGAGUGGCUGCUGACGGUCUACGGGUAUGACGUCCUGAUGCGGCUGGAGGAGUACAAGGCCAGGAUCACGUCCACCUUUGGAUCCAUCAUAAAGAUGGAUUCAACCAAGAAUGCUUUGUCUCAGAUGACUGAAUUAGCUGGAAUAACUGAGAGGGCUGCUGAUGACACGGACUGCACAUGUGUGGAGCUGCAGCAGGUGUCAACUUACUGGUGCAGUACUGAUGAUAUCUGUCCCAGGCGAUGGCGGCAAUGAAGUGGAUGCUGGCGAGAGCUGUCAUGAAACCCUGGAAACCGUGAGUCUGGCAUCCGUCAGAGCCAUAAGGCCAGUACCUGGAGGCAGAGGGUGUGUGCACAGCUGAGCACAGGGGCAUAAAAAUAGCUCUUCACAGGAAGCUCAUUAUUUUCUUGAGCAAAUUUGGUAAUAAAGGUGUAAGAACCCCUUCAAGCAACAAUCAGAGGUGCUUGUUUCAGACUUGGAUGUAUAUUUAAAGGUGAAUAAUAAAAAUAAUAGUAGAUUUAA